AUGCCNAAAGAUGCCUCUCGCACUUUGGAGUCUGAUAUCAAGGAUGAUUUGAGUGGUUGUUUUCAACAUUUGUGUGUCGCUUUGCUCCAAGCUGAUCGCGAGGAGUUAAGCGAGGAACAAGUUCAGAAGGCUCUCAGUCAAGGUGUCCAGAGUGUGGUGAAUAUGGACUUGGUACACAAGGAUGUUGAGGAUCUAUAUGAUGCAGGAGCCGGAAAAGUUGGUACAGAUGAAAGUGUUUUUAUCCGCAUCCUAUGCAAACGAAGCGUGUGGCAUUUGUACUUGGUCAACAAACGAUACCAAGAGCAAUACGAAAAAACCCUGAUGGAAGCUAUUGAAUCGGAAACAUCCGGUGACUUUGGUGAUGCGCUCAAACUAACAUAGCGGAUCAGCGUUGGACCGAUUCGUAUCAAAUGCAUGCGUGGUACUGCACAAUAUUUGGUCGGUGUGCGCUAA